CUUCAGCAAAAUUUCUAACCAAUGAACUCAUAUUAAUUAGUUAGCAAAGUCUCACUACAAACAUUCCCUUCUGUUUCAUUAAUUGUGACCUUAAGCUUUUAUAUUGAACCGUGUCAAUGGCCGUUCCUGUGAGGACUUUAGCUCUUGUUGCUUUGCUUGUUGCCAUUAAUGCAAUGGUGUGUGAAAGUAGAGUGGUAAGAAAGGACCUUGGUUUGGACCUUGGUGGGGUGGGAAUUGGGGUGGGUGCUGGGGUUGGAUUAGGCCUUGGUGGUGCAGGUUCUGGUGCAGGUGCUGGCUCAGGCUCUGGCUCUGGUUCUUCAUCUUAUUCAAGUUCUGGCUCUUCUUCUUCAUCAGGGUCAGGAUCUGGAGCAGGUUCUGAAGCUGGUUCCUACGCAGGAUCUCAUGCUGGAUCUAGCGCUGGCUCAGGCUCCUCUAGAGCGGGUUCUGAAGCAGGUUCAUAUGCAGGGUCUCAUGCAGGGUCAGGAUCAUAUGGUGGUAAUGGAAAGUAGAUAAAAUCAUGCAUGCAUGUCAGUUAAACCAUAUUAUAUACGGUCAUGUGGAGAAAAGAACAUGUCGGUGUCAUUGUUAGUUUACUAGAAUUAUACCUUAGUAUGCAAAAAUAAGUUUAUGCAUGUGUUGUGUCCAUCCUGUUUUUCUUUUUCUUUUGUACAAGUAGAUAGGAGUCGUGCUUCUCCUUACUGUGUCCAAUGUGCAAUAAUUUCCUUGAAGGGUUGAAUAACUAAAUCGUGUAUACUUUGUUAUUGGUUUAUCCAGUGACAAUUCUAUAAUAUAUCAACUAUAGCUUUUAUUAGUA